UUCGGCAGGCAGGGGGAAGGAGCGGAUAAUGAGUGUCGGAUGGUUGCGGUGAAUAGGCUCCGGUUCUCUGUCACGGUGGCUGGGCCACGUAGGGGGUCCCGGGCGACUUGGUGUUGUUGUAAGGCCGCUGUCGGCGAAGCCAGGCUGUUGCCUCAGACGGGAGCCGCUGUAACUCCAGCCCGGGGUUCGCUCAGUGUGGGUUUAAUCAUAGGAGACAGUCAAAGGAUUUAGAUGCAAAAUGUCGAUAAUGGGCUUAAAGAAGAAACAACCUAAAACCUUCAAAGUUAAGGUUAUUACCAUGGAUGCAGAGAUGGAAUUCAGCUGUGAGGUGAAAUGGAAAGGGAAGGAUCUGUUUGACUUGGUGUGUCGAACAAUUGGAUUGCGUGAAACUUGGUUCUUUGGGCUACGGUAUAUUGUAAAAGAUACAUAUGCAUGGCUAAAAAUGGAGAAAAGGGUGUUGGAUCAAGAGGUUCCUAAGGAGGAUCCAAUCACAUUUCAUUUCCUGGCCAAGUUUUAUCCUGAGAAAGUAGAAGAAGAGCUUGUCCAGGAAAUCACGCAGCACCUUUUCUUCCUACAGGUUAAGAAGCAGAUUUUGGAUGAGGAGAUUUACUGUUCCCCUGAGGCUUCAGUGUUGUUGGCAUCCUAUGCUGUUCAAGCUAAGUAUGGGGACUAUGAUCCUAAUUUUCAUAAACCUGGUUUCCUGGCUCAGGAUGAACUACUACCUAAAAGAGUUCUUAAGCAAUAUCAAAUGACAGCAGAUAUGUGGGAAGAAAAAAUAACAGCUUGGUAUGCUGAGCACAGGGGAAUCACCAGAGAUGAAGCUGAAAUGGAAUAUUUGAAAAUUGCACAAGACCUAGAAAUGUACGGAGUAAACUACUUCCCAAUCACACAAAACAAGAAGGACACAGACUUGCUGCUUGGAGUUGAUGCACUUGGUCUUCAUAUCUACAUCCCUGACAACAAACUCUCAUCUAAAAAGUCAUUUGCUUGGAGUGGGAUCAGAAACAUUUCCUACAGUGAGAAAGAGUUUACUAUCAAACCCUUAGACAAAAAGGCAGAAGUUUUCAAGUUCUACUCGUCACAACUCCGAGUGAAUAAAUUGAUUUUGCAGUUGUGCAUUGGAAACCAUGAUCUGUUCAUGAGAAGAAGGAAAGUGGAUUCGAUUGAAGUCCAGCAGAUGAAAGCUCAAGCCAGAGAAGAAAAGGCUAGAAAAAAGAUGGAACGCCAAAGAUUGGCCAGAGAGAAAAAAUUGAGAGAAGAAGCGGAACGAGCAAAAGAGGACCUAGAGAGACGCCUUUACCAGUUACAGGAUGAGUCUAGGCUAGCAAAUGAAGCCCUUAUUCGAUCAGAGGAGACAGCUGAUUUACUUGCUGAGAAGGCACAGAUUGCAGAGGAGGAGGCCAAGCUGCUCGCUCAGAAAGCUGCAGAGGCGGAGCAAGAGAGGCAGAGGCUGGAGGUCACAGCCCUGAAGACAAAAGAGGAAAAGCGUCUGAUGGAACAGAAGAUGCGAGAAGCUGAGCUGAUAGCUGUCAAGCUAGUGGAGGAAUCGGAGAGGAGGUCUAAGGAAGCAGAACAGCUAAAACAGGAUCUAAGUGAAGCCAGAGAAGCAGAGAGGAGAGCCAAACACAGACUGCUGGAGAUUACAAAACCCAGUUAUCCAAUUAUCGCUUCAUAUUCUGCUCAUCCUCCUGCCGAUGUUGGUGAUCUGAACCUAGAAUCUGGGUCUUUUAAAUUUGACUUCAAAGACACAGAUAUGAAGCGACUCUCCAUGGAGAUUGAACGAGAACGUGUGGAGUACAUGGAGAAAAGCAAACACCUGCAAGAACAGCUGAAGGAACUAAAGACUGAAAUUGAAGCUCUGAAACUGGAGGAACGGCAUGCUAACAUGGGCAUCCCUACUAGUGAGACUAUGGAAUUUGAUGAAAACGCUUACACGCCACUCAGUAAUUGCCAACUUUUAGUCAAAAAACCGAUGACCCUCCUACAGAGGUAGCAAGUCCAAUUUGGCACUGAGCUGAAAGCUUAACCUACAAAGUGUAACUGCUAAGACACAAGUGGCCUUUCUGGAAGAACUCUAACUUCCUCAACACUGGACUGUCCAGCCUGGGAAUGAGUUUGAUGAUGACCUUUCUGCAUUCCAGAGCCAUCACACAAAAGAAGCUGGAUUUAGCAAAGCGUUCUUAAUGAAUUUCAGCUGCUAGUUUUGUAAGGGACGUUGAUACUGCUUCAGAAUAUGCAAAUAUAACCAUUUGAACAUGAAGAAAAACAGUCAUGUUUUAGUAGCUCAGUAAACACGAGCACACUAAAUGGAAAUGGUGCUUAUGGUUUCCAGUUAUAACACUAAACAUUGGUCCCUUUGCUGUUUAUUUUAAAAGCAGCAACAAUAGGCUAAUGGAAUCCCUUUAGGCUUUCUAAUGGAAUAUGUAGCUCAUAGACUGUUUAAAAAUUCAUUGAUCAAUUCACCAAUUAACACACAUUCGAGUGCCUUAUCAUCAUUAUUUUCACUGCUCCUUAUAUCUUUAUUUUCGUUACGGCAAAGUAUCAUGUUUCACAUUUAUCAGUGUCCUGCUUAUUUCAAAAAUGUCUAUCAGUUUACACAUUGUUAUGGUUGUUAUUUCACACUCCUUUGGUUGUACUUUAUUAAUGAUAUUUAGAAAUUCUUCCAAAUCAAUAUGAGUCAUAUAAUUGCUGCAUAUAUAUAAUCUUCACAGCAGUUAAAAAUACCUUUUAUUAGCUACAUUAAUGUUGGUGACUAUCAGCUAUCCUAUCCUCAUGAUCAUUGCACACAAACAUAUAAAAGAUAUUCAAACCGGAGUCAUUUUUAAUUAAAAUGAAUUAUUUUUAUGCUGCCAUGAAAUACUGAACACAGGUGGCCAAACUUGUUACAGUUAAAAGUAUUUGAGACAAUUGGACUGGUGAUUACAGAAUUUCUUUAAACCAUAAUUUAACGUUCAAGUCUUGCAAAUUAUAACAUCUGAUUCCAUCUUUCCUGUAACUGGAUGUAUUUUGUUCAUUCAGCUUCAUUAUGGGGCUAAUGGAUGUACGGCCAUUGUUUUUAAAUCCUAUUUUUGAUCUAAAACUUUACAUUUUAUUCGUAUUCAAAGUUCUGUUAUUGGUUAAAGAGGUACAAAAGAAUGAAUCCUCAAACUAAAAUUGUAACACAGUCACAAGACAGGAAAAGGAUUCAAGUUGGACUUGCAUAAAUGACAUUCAUAUUUGGCCUUGGCAAGAGGAGAACUUGUUGGUCCCUGUUGAAUUGCUUAAUGGACUGAAGAAAACAUCAAUUUUUGCAUGAUCUGCUAAGGAAUGUGCAUCUUUGCAGAGCUUCAGUUGUGGGAGAGCCCAAGCUUCACAAAGAACUAAGAUCAUGCUUUUGUCAGGAGUAGGGGGAGAAAAUACUAAGAAAGAAAUGUCAAACUAUUGAAAAUCCAGGGUCCUUUAAUGGAGAAGAGCCCAUAUGUAAAUCAACGGAAGAAACAAACAACUGCUUGUUGAGCACAAGACAGAGAGGAAGUUGAGUUGAACUUUGUGGAAGUGACUGGUGCUUUUAGUCCAUGCUUAUUGCUGCUUGACAAUAAACGUUAGCAACAAUGAGUGCAAAACUGAUUAAAAGACUGUUUAAAUUGCAUCUGAAUUUUACUUCUUGUAACUUCUACAAGAGAUUUUAUACAAUAACAGUUAACUUUCACACUGAACUAAAAUUACAUGCAAUUUAAUUGCAAUUUUGGUUCAAUUCUUGAUAAAAGAGAAGUUUUGAAAACUCUAAGCACGUAAACAUAUUGACUGGCAUAUCACUGUGUAUUCUUUCAAUGUUGAUCAUUUUUUGAUGAAUAGCACAACAAGGUGAAGGGAAAACAAAUGUGUGCUUUACAUUCUGUGAGGCUCCAAGCAAACUUAACUGAAACUGCCACAAAACUCACUUUCAACAAAGGAGCGUCCAUUCCUGUGACAACCCAUCAGCAGCUGUUAUUUUCCCAAAGACUCAAAUUUAACAUGAAAUAUUUAAAAAAUUAUAUCAUCCAAAAUAAUUGAUAAUUUUGUGGCUUCCUUGUUCAGUGGUAAAUGCAUCAUAUGGUGUAGUACUGAAUCAUUCUAACUCCUGCUCUGUGGUGUUAGCUCAUUUUAGCUUGAGUGAUAAAGGGUACUAGAGUUAGCUUCAAUGCUCCAAGGCUAGAGCCCAACCAUGGGGGGGAUUUUCUGAUACGCUGAGCAAAGAAAGACAAUGCUGGAAUUACACAUCUAUACAAUUACAUCAGUAUCUGUAAAAUGAAAAUACAGGUUAACAUUUCAUGUGUAACCUAUUCGUCUGUUGAUGGCUUAUUGGCAAAAUACCGUAUGCAGUAUAAAAUGAGUUGACAGAAGGUUCCAUGUUUGAUUCCUAGACUUUGCUGAUUUCAGCCAUAUGUGUAGUUGGUGUGUUAUAGUUGGCACCAGCACCAACUGAGAGUUAAUGAACAGGAAGUUAAAAAAAAUCAGGAUUGCUACUCCUGGUUGGUGUCCAGUGACCUAUAAUCUGUGCAUGUUAAUGUUACAGGAAGAUAGUUUUGUGCUGGCUUUCUCAAACAGACCAUUGACAUGUAUAGAAUGAACCACUUAGAUGAGGUGCUGGAGGACUGUUGCCCUGGGGAGCUGCAAGGUGAGCAGAUUGAUGGAAAAUUAUAGAUUUGAGAAUGUCCAGUUUUUCCAGCAUGCUGGUAAUGUGAAACUAAUGGAUUACUAUUCUCGAGCAUGCCAAGGAUUCCCACAAAGGCAUUCUCUAUACCACUGAGUGCAUCAUAAAAUUAUAAAACAUAUUGAGUUUUUUUGUGGAUGGCAGCAUCUUUACCAUAUUUUAAACUGUUAUCAAUUACACUCCUUCCAACUUGUUAAGAACUAGACAAUUCCUUCUGCAAUAUGAAUACUAUAUUCAUACUUGGAAUCAUAGAUUGGUUAUAGCACAGAAGGUCGUCAUUCAGCCUGUUGUCUGUGCUGGCUUUUUGAAGGAGUAAUUUACUUGAAACAAAGUCAGAAGAGUGAUCAGUUUUCUCCCCUCACUUUCUAAUCUGAAGCUAUUAAGAUAUAUGUAAGAAUGGACGAAAGUCAACUACCAUUUAAAUUCCUUAUUUUUGAUUAAUGAACCUAUGAUAUCUUCAAAGGCCUGUGUUAAAUAAUUUAACCUCUCAUACCUCGCCAUAGCACCCUUCUGCUGAUCUACACACUAAUAUUUAUAUUAUUGGAUGAACCGUGCAUUUGAGAUUACUUGAAUUAAAUUUUGAAAGCCAUUGACAACUGAUUAUUUAAAAGGUGUAUGAAAGCAAAAAAAUGCGGAUGCUGGAAAUCUGAAAUAAAAACAGAAAACGAUGAAGAAACUCUGAAGAAGAGUCAUAUGGACUCGAAAUGUUAAUUCUGUUGCUCUCCAUAGAUACUGUCAGAUCUGCUGAGUUUUUCCAUCGUUUUCUGUUUUUAUUUAAAAGUUGUAUAUUAUUGACCAGCACUCCACACCUUUAAAUAAAUCACACUUCUUUCCUCCUUUCCUUCACCUUCGUGAACACUUUAAUGUUACUGUUGCUUGUUCAGCAGUUGACUUUCAAUUCACAGUCAGAUUUACACUUGGUUUAUCCUUAAAUUUUUUUUUGCAUAAUUUUCUGCCUUUUCUGUUUCGAGCAUUGGGGUGCAUAUAUAUUUUCUCAUUUGUUUUUCAUUUCUUAGGAAGCAGCUGCACCUGUAUUUUUUUAUGCAUUUUUGUUAUUUUUGAGAAUUCCUGCAAACUUCCUUAUACCUGUAUCAGGAAAUAAGGGAGGGUAUGCUGUAAAUUUAUGAUUUGUAUAUUCCUGAACUAUUACUGCUCAAAAUAAACUUAUCUUCAAUUA